GGCGCCGCCGCGAAGGCGGUGGGCGGCGGCGGCGUGCGUGGGGCUGGCGGCCACAUCGGUGCGAUCGCCUCCGUGGCUGCCGGAGAAGGAGGAUUUGGCCAAGCUGGCAGCUUCUGAGCGGCCCAUUGGCUACUACUGCAUCCGAAGACCUUCUGGUAACGAGAAGGCGAUGACGGUGUGCGAGGUGCGUAGCCCAACGGAAGACGAGAGACGCUUCCACCUAAGCGGCGGGCUGCAGCGCUUCGUGGUGAUGGAGCUGGCCUUUUCGGAAGGCAAGCUCGGUGGGCAUCUCUGGGAUGGCGGAAUCCUCAUGACCGCCUGGGCCAUGAGCGUCAAGGAGCUGGAAAACGAGCGCGUGCUGGAGUUGGGUUCAGGCGUCGGUCUCCUCGGCAUCUCGCUGGCCAGCCGCGCGGCCUCCGUGGUGCUCUCCGACUUCGAUGCCAACGAGGUGGAGCCGUCCGACGCGGAGAGGUUGGUGCCCACGCGGCUCUUGGCAAACCUGAAGGAGAACGUUGACCGCAACGGUGUGAAGAAUGCGGAGGUGUGGCACAUCGAUUGGUACGAUUCCUUAGCGGGCAAAGAGCCCCGCGAGCAGUUCCGGCGGUUGGUGGCGGCGGACGUAGUCUACUAUUCCGCUGACGUGCCUGCGCUUGCGGCCGCUAUCGGCGCGCACCUGUGCCCCAAAGGCGUGGGCUUCAUCUUCGUGCCCCGGCGCCAGUGGCGGGGCCCGCUGGCCGCAGAGCGUGCCUCCGCGGAGGAUUUGGCCGCAGCUUUGGCAGACUAUGGCACAGUGGAGGUGCAUGAGCUCUUGGGCUACUGCUGCACGCUGGAGGAAACUCCAGUGGCCCUGAUCCGGAUCCAACGAACCUGAGCGCUGCGGAGAGAUUGCGC